AUGGUUAUAAUAUUUGAAAAUCAAGAAAAUAGAUAUUUGGGUAAUAGAACUCCAUUUAAAUUUAUGAAUAAUAUUGGUAAACUUUCAAAAAAGAAACAAUGGUCUUUAUUAAGAUAUAAAUUAAAUUGUAUUUGUUUUGAUGAUAAUAAUAAUGGAAAUAGUAAAAAAAAAGUAGAAAAAUUAGAAAAAGAAAAUCAAGAAGAAAAUCAAGAAGAAGAAGAAAAUCAAGAAGAAAAUCAAGAAGAAAAUCAAGAAAAUCUUGAAUUUUUAAGAUUAAAAAGAAAAGAUUUAUUAUUAUUUUUUAAUUAUUGUGAUGAUAUUUCUUUAUUCGAAUUAUUGUUUGAAAAGAAAUCAAAAGAAAUCCAAUUUUCAAAUUCAACGCAAUUCAUUUUAAAUGUAUUAUCAAGUAAUUCAAUUACAAAUUGCACACCAAUAAUUUAUUUCUUAUCAAAUAAACAAUACCAAAUGUCAUUAAAAUCCAUCCAAGAAUCAGAUCCAUUCAUAAUAAUAAAUCAUUUUUUAAAAUAUUCAAAAACAGAAAAAGAUAUAAAUUAUUUAGAAUUACUAUUAUCAUUACAUAAUCAUAAAGUUCACCCACUUCAACUUUUAAAAAAUAGUCAAAAUUUUUAUCAAAUUGCAAUUGACAAUAAAUGUUUUAAAUCUUUAGAAUAUCUUAUUAUUAAUAAUAAUAAUAAUAAUUUACCAUCACCAAAUGCAUCAACUAUUCGAAAUAUUAUAAAUUAUUUUAUUAAAUCAUUAGAAAAAGAUGAUGAUCAAAUGAAUAUGAAAUACCUUUCUUUAUUUAAAAUUUAUUUAAAGAAUAAUAUUGAUUAUAAAUCAUUUAUAUCGAAAUGUAAUAAUAGUGAUAUCAACAGUACCAAUGUUUUAUUAUCAUUUAGAAUUUAUAAUAUUUGUAUAGAUUUAAAUGAUUUACAAUCAAUUGAAAUGUUUUUAAAAGAUGGAUUAUUAGCACACAUUGGUAAUAUUAAAAAAGUAAUAUUAAAUGAGAAUCAAGAAGCUCUAUCAAUUUUCCUACAACCAACUUAUUCCAAUAAUGCAAAUCUAUUAAAUAACCAAUUAAAUGAAUAUUAUUUACUAUUUGAAGGUGUUUGGAGAAUUCAAAAUCAAACUAAAAUGAAAUCAAUGUUUCAAAUAUUAUUAGAUUCUAAAAUAUAUCCAAGCUCUUUUGAUCCACUUGCAGAGUUUAAAAAAUAUCAACAACAACCACCACAACAACAACCACAACUAUUAAAACCUUUAAAUAAUUAUUUAAAUUAUUUACAAAGACCUUUAAUAAUUAAUUAUCAAUCUUUAAAGAUUGAUACUAAAACCUUAGUUGAAGAUGAAGAGAUUAAUAUCCUUCAAAUGAUAAAAGAAGGUAAUGUUUAUCCAGCUUUAAAUUUACUUUCUAAAUAUUCAACAACAACAACAACAAAGUUUAAACCAUUUUCUUUAGAGAAAAGUGAAACUUCCAAAUUAAUUAAAUAUUAUAAUUUUGAGGUAAUACAAAUUUUAUAUCCUUUCUUUAGUUCAAAUUUCAACCACUUUAUUUUUGUUAAAAAAUAUAAAAGGUAUGACCUUAUUCCAUUAUUUAAAUAA